GUGUUCCCCUUUUCUUCACCUCCUCCUCCUCCUCUUCUUCUUCCUCCUCCUCCCAUGGCUGCCUGAUCAAGAUUUCUCCUUCUCUUCUAGCUCUUGCUAGCCCUCUGAACCUUGAAGUUUGUUGCACCCAGUGAAACACCAUCUUUUCGAGAGAGUUUUUCUGCAGGUAGCUAGCAUAGCAGACAGGCGAGUUCUAUAUUUGCAUAUAGUUCUUGCCGCCUUAGAUCUCACUGGUUGUCUCUGCCUGCAGCAAGGUUCGUUGGGCUAGCUUGUCCUGGAUCUGUUUCUACUUGCGUUGCGUUGCUUGGCAAGCAAGAUAUACACAUAUCUAUCUCUGCAAUAUAUAGGGCUAGCUAGCACUUGUGUGUGUGUAGUGUGUUGUUUGGUUCUUGGAUACACUUACACGCGUAUCAUCCAUGAGUAGAAAUGAAAGGAGUGGCGAGCCAAGAAUUAGGGUUUGAGUUAUAGGAGUAUAAUGAUGAUCCCGGCGAGGCACAUGCCGUCGAUGAUCGGCCGGAACAGCGCAGCGUACGGAUCCUCAUCGGCACUGUCACUCAGUCAGCCAAACUUGCUGGAUAAUCACCAGUUCCAGCAAGCUUUCCAGCAGCAGCAGCAUCUCCUGGACCAGAUCCCGGCGACGACGGCAGAGAGCGGCGACAACAUGAUCCGCAGCCGGGCGUCGGACCCGCUCGGAGGCGAUGAGUUCGAGAGCAAGUCCGGCAGCGAGAACGUCGACGGCGUCUCCGUCGACGACCAGGACCCCAACCAGCGGCCGCGCAAGAAGCGCUAUCACCGCCACACCCAGCACCAGAUCCAGGAAAUGGAAGCAUUCUUCAAGGAAUGCCCACACCCAGACGACAAGCAGCGCAAGGAGCUGAGCCGGGAGCUGGGCCUGGAGCCUCUCCAAGUCAAGUUCUGGUUCCAGAACAAGCGCACCCAAAUGAAGAACCAGCACGAGAGGCAUGAGAACUCGCAGCUGAGGUCGGAGAACGAGAAGCUCCGCGCCGAGAACAUGCGGUACAAGGAGGCCCUGAGCAGCGCCUCCUGCCCCAACUGCGGCGGCCCCGCCGCCCUCGGCGAGAUGUCCUUCGACGAGCAUCACCUCCGCAUCGAGAACGCCCGCCUCCGGGAAGAGAUCGACAGGAUAUCGGCGAUCGCGGCGAAGUACGUGGGCAAGCCGAUGGUGCCGUUCCCGGUGCUGUCGAACCCACUGGCGGCGGCGGCGUCGCGGGCGGCGCCGCUGGACCUCCCCAUGGCGCCGUACGGCGGGGUGGUGCCUGGGGACAUGUUCGGCGGCGGCGCCAGCGCCGGGGAGCUCCUGCGCGGGGUGCAGUCGGAGGUGGACAAGCCGAUGAUCGUGGAGCUGGCCGUGGCGGCGAUGGAGGAGCUGGUCCGCAUGGCGCAGCUGGAGGAGCCGCUCUGGAGCGCGGCGGCGCCGGCGCUGGACGCGCCGGCGGCGUUGGAGACGCUCAACGAGGAGGAGUACGCGCGCAUGUUCCCGCGCGGCCUCGGCCCCAAGCAGUACGGCCUCCGGUCCGAGGCGUCACGCGACAGCGCCGUCGUCAUCAUGACGCACGCCAACCUCGUCGAGAUCCUCAUGGACGCCAAUCAAUAUGCGGCCGUGUUCUCGAACAUCGUGUCGAGGGCAGCCACGCUGGAGGUGCUCUCCACCGGCGUCGCAGGGAACUACAACGGUGCACUGCAAGUGAUGUCAGUAGAGUUUCAGGUGCCCUCGCCGCUGGUGCCAACCAGGGAGAGCUACUUCGUCAGGUACUGCAAGCAGAAUUCAGAUGGCACCUGGGCCGUCGUCGACGUCUCACUCGAAAGCCUGCGCCCUAGCCCUGUCCUCAAAUGUCGCCGCAGGCCGUCUGGCUGCCUCAUCCAAGAAAUGCCCAACGGCUACUCCAAGGUGACGUGGGUGGAGCACGUGGAGGUGGACGACAGGUCGGUGCACAACAUCUACAAGCUGCUGGUGAACUCCGGGCUGGCGUUCGGCGCGCGGCGGUGGGUCGGCACGCUGGACCGGCAGUGCGAGCGCCUCGCCAGCGUCAUGGCCAGCAACAUCCCCACCAGCGACAUCGGCGUGAUCACGAGCGCGGAGGGGAGGAAGAGCAUGCUGAAGCUGGCGGAGAGGAUGGUGAUGAGCUUCUGCGGCGGCGUGACGGCGUCGGUGGCGCACCAGUGGACGACGCUGUCCGGCAGCGGCGCCGAGGACGUCCGCGUCAUGACGAGGAAGAGCGUCGACGACCCCGGCCGGCCGCCCGGCAUCGUCCUCAACGCCGCCACCUCCUUCUGGCUCCCCGUCCCUCCCAAGCGCGUCUUCGACUUCCUCCGCGACGAAUCCUCUCGCAGCGAGUGGGACAUUCUCUCCAAUGGCGGCAUCGUUCAAGAGAUGGCUCAUAUCGCCAAUGGCCGGGAUCAGGGCAACUGCGUCUCACUUCUUCGCGUCAACAGCUCGAACUCGAACCAGAGCAACAUGCUGAUCCUGCAGGAGAGCUGCACCGACGCGUCGGGGUCCUACGUCAUCUACGCGCCGGUGGACGUGGUGGCGAUGAACGUCGUGCUCAACGGCGGCGACCCGGACUACGUCGCGCUCCUGCCGUCGGGCUUCGCGAUCCUGCCCGACGGGCCGGCGCACGGCGGCGGUCUUCAGGGCGCCGACGGCGGCGGCGGCGUCGUCGGCUCCGGCGGGUCCCUCCUGACGGUGGCGUUCCAGAUACUGGUCGACUCGGUCCCCACGGCGAAGCUCUCUCUGGGGUCGGUGGCGACGGUGAACAGCCUCAUCGCCUGCACGGUGGAGCGCAUCAAGGCGGCCGUCUCCGGCGAGAGCAAUCCGCAGUAGCAUCUUGAAUCAUUCCAGGCUUCUUGUGCUUUAAAUUGAGGAGCAGCAAAAUUUUGGAGCUUUCAUCAGUGGGAAGUCAAGAACGCACCUCAGACUCUCCUUGCCAUGUGGUGCCCAUAUAUAGUUUGGAUUAUUUUUCGCUAGGUUUCCGCAAAUUCGGGAAAAUUUUAUCAACAAGUGAUUCAGUUCAGUUCUUGCAAAAUGCUGAAGAAAAUGUGUCACCACUACGCAAGGGCGGUUGGUUCGGGUAUUGACUUCCUCUUCAUGUUCGCCUCUCGGAUGCUGCUACCUAUGAAUUCAGGUUUUCUGUCGAGUAAAAGUAAAACCGUAAUUUGAUCUGUAGUUUGUGUCGUUCUUGCUGUUGUUCAGACUUUCUUCCGAGUACCUAGCUAGUUUGUAGGAGUUGCAGAAUAGAGAUCUGUUCAUGUGUGUCCUGUCUUAUACUUGUAGUGCUCUCAUGUGUUUAACUCCAAAAUUUGUGUGAUGUGCUUGUUAAUUAUUAGUUCUCCUUGCUUCUUCAAUGAAUGCAUUUUAAUUUCUUAGUUCC